UGCGUACAAGACGAAAUGGCUGCCAGAGUUUGGCUGGUCAUUACUAUUCUUUGUGUUCCCUAUGUAGUUUCCUUACAUUUUUCCACCGAUUGUGAUGAAAACUCAGAUUGGAACUUUCGGGCAGUGGGCAAGCAUGUCAAAACGUGGCUCAACUCGUUUCAAAUUGGACCAAAUGAAACGUCAAAAUUCGACUCGAUCUCAAUCUUUGAGCAUGGCCAAGUGGAGUUUGUGGGCAAAAUUGACGCGGAAGGGUUUGCUGAUGGGCCCUUUUGGGUGGCUGGGGGAUAUGACCUUCAAUCAAAUUUUUCCAAUGGCUACUUUUACGGAGAUCUAGAUCAAAAUGGACAGCUUUCAGGGAAUGACAUAGUUUUCCUUUACCCGGAUAUGAAGACAGCUCUUUGGGGUAUUUUCAUAAAUGGAACCAUGAUCUCGGCAAAGGAGGCAGUAAUUGUAGCUCAAAGAUGCUUUGAUGGAGUCAAACGAUUGAGAUUAAGUCUAAGCCCAAAUGACGAGGAUUUUCAUUUUGGAAGGCCAAACCAUAUGCGAUUCAAUUUCAACCCAACUCAAACUGAUCCAUACGAGAGAAAGAGAGUGAAUGUGAGGGAAACAAAUGACAGGGGUCAAGGAUUGUUUGCCAAGUCGCGAAUUGAACCUGGUGACGUCGUGGCUUAUUACGCGGGUUUAAUUUUUGACUCGAAAACGCACGAGAUGUUUUCACCCAAUAUGACCCAAAGUCAAGUGGACGAGAUUCAUCGGAUGCUGAUCGUUUUGGAAGGAGAUCUGGAGAUGAAUUUGCCCCGGCCAUACUGGGAAUUGGCCCAGUAUCGGGCGACUUUGGGUCAUAAAGUCAAUCACAGUUUCCACCAGACCAACGCUGAGUUCAUCAUGAGCUACCAUCCGCGAUUUGGCUGGAUUCGAGCCCUCAGAGCCACAAAACGCGUGUCUCGAGGUCAGGAAAUCCUUGUGGAUUAUGGUUACCCAAUUGAUGAUGAGCAGAGCCCCGCCUGGUAUUUGGAAGCUUAUCACCGGUAUCAAGAUUCUUGUGCAAAAUCGUGAUAUACAAUAUAACCAACAACAAAG